AUGAUGAAGAAGGUUGGUUACAUGGCUGCUCCAAUGGUGGCUGUAGCAAUUUCACAGUACCUCAUUCAAGUUAUAUCCAUGGUUAUGGCUGGUCACUUGGGCGAGCUCUCUCUUUCAAGCGUCGCAAUCGCCACUUCUCUAGCUAAUGUCACUGGCUUCAGCCUCCUUACUGGAAUGGCAGGUGCGUUAGAGACACUUUGUGGCCAAGCUUUUGGAGCAGAACAAUUUAGGAAAAUCAGUGCAUACACUUACAGCUCCAUGCUCUGUCUUCUCUUGUUCUGUUUCCUUGUUUCUCUUUUGUGGGUUUUCAUGGACAAACUCUUGGAACUUUUCCAUCAAAAUCCUCUCAUCUCUCACUUAGCUUGUAGAUACUCGAUUUGGCUUAUACCGGGUUUAUUCGGAUUCGCUGUUCUUCAAUCUAUGACUCGGUAUUUCCAGUCACAAAGAUUAGUUCUUCCUCUCUUCUUGAGCUCUCUUGGAGCUCUCUGUUUUCAUGUUCCCUUUUGUUGGCUUCUUGUCUAUAAGACGAGAUUCGGAAUCACCGGUGCCGCUUUGUCCACUGGUUUAUCGUAUUGGCUCAACGUAGCUUUGCUUUGGCUUUUCAUGAGAGACUCUACUCUGUAUCGCGAAACCAAAAAUCUUCGGCCGCAAGAAAUCUUCUCGAGCAUGAAGCCGUUCCUCGCUCUCGCUUUUCCCUCUGCAAUGAUGCUUUGCCUGGAAUGGUGGUCGUUUGAGCUUCUUAUACUAAUGUCUGGACUCUUACCAAACUCAAAGCUCGAAACUUCGGUGCUAUCCAUUUGCUUAGCAAUGUCGUCUUUGCAUUACGUUCUGGUGAAUGCAGUAGGAGCAUCCGCCAGCACACAUGUCUCAAACGGGCUAGGGGCUGGAAAUCCAAAGGCAGCUCGAGCGGCGGCAAUUUCUGCGGUAUCCCUUGCCGCUAUUGAUGCAACCAUAGUGAACUUAACUCUCUACACCUGCCGAAGAAAUUGGUCGAUUAUAUUCAGCAAGGAGAGUGAAGUGGUUGACUAUGUGACUCAAAUAACACCCAUUCUCUGCCUGUCCAUUGUUUCUGACAGCUUUCUCGCCGUACUCUCAGGGAUUGCUAGAGGAACAGGAUGGCAACAUAUAGGAGCUUAUGCAAACAUCGGAUCGUUUUAUCUGGCUGGGAUCCCGGUGGGUUUGAUCUUAUGUUUCGUUGUGAAAUUGAGAGGAAAAGGACUUUGGAUCGGUAUAUUCAUAGGCUCAACUCUACAAAUGAUUGUUCUUGCUCUUGUCACCUUUUUCACCAAUUGGGAAAAAGAGGCAGCCAAGGCUAGGGACAGAGUAAUCGAGAUGACACCACAAAGCAACCAAGUAACAGAAAGCAUAUUAAAAGAGGAUGUAGAAGUUUAG